AUUCCUCUCUCUUCAUCAAUAAUUAACGCUCCUCCUCUCGCUCUUCGUUUUAUUUCAUCUUCAUCCCUCAGUCCCACAGAUCCUCACCCUCUCUCUCUCUCUCUCUCUCUCUCUCUCUCUCUCUCCGGUCUUCUUUAAGCUCUGUGUGGAGGGGAGCUGACCGAACCCAAGGGUACCAUCCUGUCUCCUGAUUGGCCGCAGAGCUACUCCAAGGGGCUGGACUGUGUUUGGCAGAUUCACGGCAACGAGGAGAAACGCAUCGAGCUGGACGUCCACAUGUGAGCGCUGAAUAUUCUUUACCGACAUGUUUGAGAGUUUGUCAUGACGACGUUUGGCGCACAGAUUCUGUCCUCGGGGGGUUCAGAGCGUUAACGGCGAAGAAGUUCUCCUCUUCUUCACGGUCUGAAUAUCUUUAAGUUCAUUUACAGUCUCAGUUUAAUCGGAAUAAAAUCAUAACUCGUUCAUAUUUUUGCUGAAUCAGACUUCUCUCCUUGUCCACAUACACAUGCAGCUGAGAAAAUUGAAUUAUUGACGUGAACGUGUCCUCCUCCCCAACACUAGGGGGCGAUAUGUGUAGGCGCCAAAAUAUAUUUGUUUAGGAUAUGAUCUACAGGUGCGUCACUUUCAGGGAUGGUCACUGAGGGGUGUGGCUUUGGGAUAUUUGGCGGGUUAAGCUCUGAUCAUUUUCUGUUCACCGUUCUUCAUCGUUUUGUUUGAACCUCAUUUCAUCCUCUCACCUUUUCAUUUGAAGGAAAAGUUUUGGACCUGGAUUUUCUUUCCUUUUUUGAACAAUAAUUUCCUUUUUUAAAACUCAAACCGGACUGAUAAUUAAACGAGUCACAGAUGCAGGCGAACCUAAACCCCAGCAGCCCCGGCGGCGCUGUUUCCGACCCCGUCCAACCGUCAACAACAACAGCAGGUCGGUGUCAGACGUCAGAAGUGUCUACAACUGCUGCUGGGCAUUUUGGAGAAACAAGAAGAUGGAGCAUCGUACAGCGUUGUUUUUGUCCGACAUGAUGGACGCGCUACUUUUUCUAAAGAGGAGACCAACGCUACUCCUCUACUCUGGAGGUUUGUUACGGGGUUACAGGGGCGUGGCGUCAUACUCCGACUACGCUGGUUACAUGGUCGAGAAAAUCAAGUUCCAAUCUCAUUAUCUGGGUGUCUUAAUCAAAGGUCUUAAACUCUGAUUAUAGUCGGACUAAAGUGUUUCCAUGACCUUCAGUUGUCCGGUCUUAAUCGGAAUAAGGCGAUAAUUCGGUUUUCUCGAGUGUCAUGGAAACGGACUGAUUGUUAACCGAACUCGAGUUUAAUCAACAUCCUGCUGCACCAAUCAGCUCAAACUCGUCAGGUUUUCAUCUCGGUCUGACUGAAGGUUUACAGUCGUCGUCAAAUGAAGAAACAAACUUCCCGGCUGAUCGUCUGUUUUUAUUCAUCUGUUAAAAGACUGAAGUUUAAUUUCAGAGAAGAGGAGGAGGAGUUCUGGUUCUCAGCUCUCUGCUCCUCCUCCUCCUCUGUUGACAUGUGGGACGUCGGCUCUGAAGGAAAACCUCCACUCUCUGUUUUUCUCGCCUCCUCUCAGUUUGAACAUCCGCCACACCGACGUCCUGACUGUUUUCGACGGACGCUACACCAUGUCGCACGUGAUUGGACAAUACCUGGGGUCCAAAGAGCGUUUCAAGGUUGUGUCCGGAGGGUCAGAGGUCACCAUUCAGUUCCAGAGUGACCCCGAUGAGUCCAGUUUCAUCCUGAGUCAGGGAUUCCUCAUUAAUUACCGCGGUAAGUCCACGACCUCAGAAACAGGAAGUGACCACCUCCUCCGAACUGUUCAUGACGCUCUCUCUCUCUCUCUCCCUCUCUCUCUCUCUCUCUCUCUCUCUCUCUCUCUCUCUCUCUCUCUCUCUCUCUCUCUCUCUGUCUCUCUCUCUCUGUCUCUCUCUGUCUCUCUCUCUCUCCCCCUCUCUCUCUCUCUCUCUCUCUCUCUCUCUCUCUCUCUCUCUCUCUCUCUCUCUCUCUCUCUCUCUCUCUCUCUCUCUCUCGCUCUCUGUCUCUCUCUCUCUCUCUCUCUCUCUCUCUCUGUCUCUCUGUCUCUCUCUCUCUCCCUCUCCCUCUCUCUCUCGCUCUCUCUCUCUCUCUCUCCCUCUCUCUCUCUCUCGCUCUCUCUCUCUCUCUCUCUCUCUCUCUCUCUCUCUCUCUCUCUCUCUCUCUCUCUCUCUCUCUCUCUCUCCCUCUCUCUCUCUCUCUCUCUCUCUCUCUCUCUCUCUCUCUCUCUCUCUCUCUCUCUCUCUCUCUCUCUCUCUCUCUCUCUCUCUCUCUCUCUCUCUCUCUCUCUCUCUCUCUCUCUCUCUCUCUCUCUCUCUCUCUCUCUCUCUCUCUCUCUCUCUCUCUCUCUCUCUCUCUCUCUCUCUCUCUCUCUCUCUCUCUCUCUCUCUCUCUCUCUCUCUCUCUCUCUCUCUCUCUCUCUCUCUCUCUCUCUCUCUCUCUCUCUCUCUCUCUCCCUCUCUCUCUCUCUGUCUCUCUCUCUCUCUCUCUCUCCCCCUCCCUCUCUCUCUCUCUCUCUCUCUCUCCCCCUCCCUCUGUCUCUCUCUCUCUCUCUCUCUCUGUCUCUCUCUCUCUCUCUCUCUCUCUCUCUCUCCCCUCUCUCUCUCUCUCUCUCUCUCUCUCUCUCCUCUCUCUCUCUCUCUCUCUCUCUCUCUCUCCUGUGGCACAGAGGUCGAGCCGAACGACACCUGCCCGACCCUCCCUCAGAUUGCGUUCGGCUGGAUUAGCUCCUCCCACUCCUCCCCGGUGAGAGGCAGCGUGCUGACCUAUCAGUGUCAGCCAGGAUAUGACAUCAGCGGCUCUGACAUCAUCACCUGCCAAUGGGAUCUGUCGUGGAGCAGCAGCCCGCCCACCUGUGUCAAAGGUGAGGUCCGCCGAGAUGAGAGCGCCCCCCUGUGGUUUAGAGAGCUGAGGAUGAACCCUCUUGGUCCUCAGAGGUCGACCAGACGCCUCAGAACAUUAAAGUCCAACUCUGAGCGUGCGUACACACAGACCCUAGUGGUCGAACAGUGAAACUACAACUAGAACCAUUAAAGGAGUCGCAGCGUUCAGCGAUCUCAGACUUCACACGUUCUCUGUUCUCUCUGUACAAAACUGAUCAAUCAGUUACUGAUCAGACAUUUUCAAUGAUCGGUGUGACAAGUUAUAAAAUCGGCUGAGACAGGACAACCUCAGAGGAAGUCUGACAAGUUCAAUUACAAGUAUAGUCAAUCAGUGAUCAAUAAUCUGAGAUGAUCAUCUGGAUCUGUUAAACGUUGUUGACUCCUUUAUUCUGCGCCUCCAUGAUUUCAGCGAGGAGGUAAAAAUCCAUUCAGUCAUUUUUAAAGGGGUUGUUGAUACCAUAUAUGGUCAGUUGGAGGCGUGUCUGAAUGUAAAUGACCCUAACCAUAAACGAGCUCGCGUUCGAGUGUGCGGCCGACCGGUGUCGCAUGUUUGAGAAAUACGGAGUUUUUUGUUCUUUCGCACGUUCGACGUUUCGUUCCUACGACAGAAUUUUGUUUUGGUGAAGUUGGAGUUGAAAGUUUCCGUGUGUCCCACUUUGUCCCCUCCAGUCCAGCAGUGUCCUGAUCCAGGUGAGGUGGUGAACGGAGCACGCUCAGUGCGCCCAGAGGCGGGCUUCGCGGUCGGCACGGUCGUCCGUUUCUCCUGUAACCAAGGUUACCAGCUGGAGGGUCCGAGUCAGAUCUCCUGUCACGGACGAGAUACCGGUACCCCCAAAUGGAGCGACCGCAGCCCCAAGUGUGUCUGUAAGUCCUCUCUGCGCUCUGCUGCUCUGGUCUGCCGGUUUGUGAUGUUAAAGGAUCUGAGCGAAUCACAGACUCUGGUUUUUGUGGUUCUUCACAGUAAAGUACGACCCGUGUCCGAACCCCGGGGUCCCGGACAACGGUUACCAGACUCUGUACAAGCACAACUACCAGGCCGGAGAGACUCUGCGCUUCUUCUGUUACGAAGGUUACGAGCUGAUCGGCGAGGUCAUCAUCAGCUGUGUCCCCGGUCACCCCUCUCAGUGGAACAGCCCGCCGCCGUUCUGCAAAGGUAGGGGGUCACCGUGGGGGGUCUUUAGAUACUCUGACCCAGUUUUCACUCAGUGUGGAGGGUCUGAAACUGAGACUCUCUCUCUUGUCCCCCCCCUCGUCUCACAGUGGCGUAUGAGGAACUUCUGGACGAUCACAAACUAGAAGGUGAAGAAUUUCCUCUUCCUGUAGUUUGUUGUUGUCAGAGGACAGAGGACUGGACUCUUGACCCCCUUUAAAGUCCUGGUUGACGAUCUGAUCUUCAGUUGAGGCUGAUUUGAAAAAGCGUCCCACCCCCCACGAUAACUCCGCCCCCUGAACCUGUAUCACCCUCCCCACGACACACCCCCUCAGGCAGAUCAAGAAGCCGGCAGUCGGCAGAAGAUCCUACGCUAGCUUCAAAUAGGAUUCACCGUGUCGGAUUGUUAGUGACUAGUAGGGAUGGGAAUCGAGAACCGGUUCUUGUUGAGAACCGGUUCCAAAUGGUUCCCUCCAUCGACAUCAUUUAGAUUUUAUCUUAAAGAUUCUUCCCUGCCGGGUGCCUAAAAAAACGGUCUCAUUAGAGACAGUCUAUGUGAACGGAAACAGAGACUUUGAGGAAAUAAACAUGGCGAAUGGUCCGAAAAGUCGGCAGAAACUUUCCUUACCAUUCGUACGAAGUGUGGCUUCAUUUUACAAAGAUAGCCUCCCCCCGCCUCCUUCGCCUCUGAUUGGCUCGAAAAGCUGGAAACGUCAUCACACGCUCAGGCCAAACGCGGGCUGUUGGCACUGUUGAUCGAACAGAACAUCAUCGCAAUUCUGAAUCUCCGAACCCGACAGACGAUGACGUUUCACAGUCAUAAGGAAUAACCAAUCAGAGCCCAGCACUUCUGGCCAAUCAGAGGUGAAGGAGGGCGGGACCUUCACCUACCAUCCUACAAAAUAAAAAAAAUGCUGCCAGGAGAGUGGGAGGGGACGGAACUACAGGAGAGGGGUGUGUCGAAUACAGCGAGGUGAUUGGAUGGAGAGGCGGAGCAGGAGAUUGACCAAUAGGAGCUGUCUGGAACGGAUGGCUCCUAUUGGUCAAUGUUUUUACAGCCCUGCACCUGAUAGGGUGAACGGAUUUUUUCCGAUCUUUUGUCUCUUUACUUUGUGGAGAUCGCACUAUAGGAUCAUGAUCGCCAUAGAAACGAGGUUCAUAAUAAUCACCGAUCUCUCCAAUCGUCGACCAUGACUUUAAAGGGAGCAGAUUAAAGACGGCGUGAAGGAAAACCUCCUUUUCUAAAGUGUCUCUGAUCCUCUCACAGUGUCUCAGUCCUUCGAACCGUCCCAUCAGAUCCUGAGCGAGAACAUCGCUCUGGCGAUCAUUUUGCCGAUCAUCCUGGUCAUCCUUCUGAUCGGAGGGAUUUACAUGUACUACACAAAGUAAGAGUGAGCAGAACACGCCGCCGCCGCCGUACCCCGUCUGAGGUUCCUCAGGUAAAGUGUUAAUCUGUUAAUCUGUGACUUCCUCAGCAUCUGCAGACUAGAGUGGAAGCCGCUCUUCUGGAAGUCUCUGUCUCACACACACUCCUACAGUCCCAUCACAGUGGAGUCCGACUUCAACAACCCUCUGUACGAGGCGGGGGUGAGUAGGAACACGACCUGUUCUCAGCGCUUUGACCCUCUGACUGUUCUGGUGUUUUACUUUGAAAAUCCUCUUUUUACCCACAGGACACACGGGAGUAUGAGGUUUCCAUUUAA